CACUUGCAACUCUCCAUCCAGAUGACAUAUGUUUCUGCACGAAGCUACCAGUCCGCAGGUGAAGCUCUAGCAAGCGGAAUGGCUACCCAGGAGACCUGCACAGAUUGCGCUCCUGUAGACAGCACCACAAAACCAACUCAGGCGCCCCCAACGAAAGUGCAGGAUCCCAAGUUGCCAGUGGAUCCGUCGACUCCGAACGUCACUAUCGAGUUCUGCGACAGAUGUCGCUGGCUUCACCGAGCCACUUGGGUUUCCACCGAGUUAUUCUUGACAUUCCCAACACCAGCGCUCAAAGCGAUAACACUCGUCCCUUUGAAUUCAGAAGAGACGGGAGGCCGAUUCCGCGUGUGGCUUAUAUUGGAUGACCAACCGCCGAUCCUAGUAUGGGACAGGAAAGACGAGGGCGGGUUCCCAGAGUUGAAGGUUCUAAAGCAGCGCAUUCGCGACCGGAUCCAGCCAGGCAAGUCGUUGGGACAUUCCGAUCACAAGUAGAGUGCGUUGGUGCUAUUGCCCGUGGAAGACCGUUGUAUCCCUACCGUGUAUCUCUCAUUAAGACAUUCGUGACUGGAUUGCUCGCGGCGUUUAUUGUGAAGUUCUAUCAUCC